AUGGGCAAACGGCGUGGGCAGGGAGAGCCCCGGGAGGACCAGUAUGGCGAGUUCAGCGUCUCCCAGGACAAGCAGCACUUUUCCGGCUUCAGCAGCGGCAAAGGUCUCACGGGAGGCGGCUCCGCUGGCGGCUCCAGGAAGGGCGGCGACGUUACCUUUCAGCGCCAAGUUCCCAAAUUCCUCCAAAAGUACAGCCACUUAAUGGUCAAGACCGCGGCUGACGAAGACGAUCCCUUGGUGGUGGGCGGCGACGGGAAGGGCGAUCCCCACGGCAAGGGCUUAGGAGGGGAAGCCGGGGAGGAUGCAGGGGGCGAGAAGGAGGAGGAGGACAACAUCGAGGUGAACCCUUUUCCCGGCGACAAGUGGUUUCGGAGGUACUUGCUGUUGGCGCGAUAA